CACUUUCGUUUUCUCGGCAGCAUGUGAUUUUUUUGGCAGAGUGUGUGGUGGGCCGGCUUAUGAAAAGAGGAGUGGAGAAGCUGCAGGAAGGGAAUCAGAGGCAGCCAGAAGCAGCUGAGAACGGCACGUGCACCAGGUUUUCCUGAUAAAGCAAUGGACAUGGUUUCAUGGAAAUGUAGACACUUUAUCCUUCAGAUUCUUCUAGCAUUGCAAGUUGCUAUGACCAGACCACAAAUGAUGGCCCCCAUUUGUCUGGUGGAAAACCACAAGGAGCAUCUGUCUGUGAACCAGAAAGCCAUAGAGAUUCUGGAUGAGAUUUCACAGCCAGUGGUAGUCGUGGCCAUCGUGGGAUUGUACCGCACAGGGAAGUCCUACCUGAUGAACCAUCUAGCAGGACAGAACCACGGCUUCCCUCUGGGCUCCACUGUGCAGUCUGAAACCAAGGGCAUCUGGAUGUGGUGCUUGCCACAUCCCACCAAGCCAGAGCACACCCUGGUCCUCCUGGACACCGAGGGACUGGGGGACGUGGAAAAGGUUGACCCUAAGAAUGACUCUUGGAUCUUCGCUCUGGCCGUGCUUCUGAGCAGCACCUUAGUCUACAACAGCAUGAGCACCAUCAACCACCAGGCCCUGGAGCAGCUGCAUUAUGUCACAGAACUCACUGAGCUGAUCAGGGCAAAGUCCUCCCCAAGUCCUGAUGGAAUAAAGAAUUCGGCAGAAUUUGUGAGUUUCUUCCCAGACUUCGUCUGGACUGUUCGGGAUUUCAUGCUGGAGCUGAAGUUAGAUGGAGAGAGCAUCACGGAGGAUGAGUACCUGGAGAAUGCACUGAAGCUGAUCCCAGGCAACAAUCCCAGAAUCCAAGCAUCCAAUUUGCCCAGGGAGUGCAUCAGACGUUUCUUUCCUAAACGGAAGUGCUUUGUGUUUGACCGGCCAACGAAUGACAAAGAACUCUUACAAAAAAUAGAUACUGUCUCAGAAGACCAACUGGAUCCUAAGUUCCGGGAACAAACAAGGGCUUUUGUUUCUUACAUCUUCAAUGAUGCAAAGAUAAAGACCCUCAGAGGGGGGAUAAAGGUCACUGGAAAUCGAUUGGGGACUCUGGUGACCACCUACGUGGAGGCCAUCAACAGUGGAGCAGUGCCUUGUCUGGAUGAUGCUGUGACAACUCUGGCCCAGCGUGAGAACUCAGCGGCUGUGCAGAAGGCAGCUGACCACUACAGUGAGCAGAUGGCCCAGCGACUGAGGCUCCCCACAGACACGCUCCAGGAGCUGCUGGGUGAACACACAGCCUGUGAGAAGGAGGCCAUUGCUGUCUUCAUGGAGCACUCCUUCAAGGACGAAAACCAGCAAUUCCAGAAGAAGCUGCUGGAAUUAAUAGAUGAGAAGAAAGGGAUUUUCAUGCUGAAGAAUGAAGAAGCAUCUGAUAAAUACAGUCACGAAGAACUGAAGCGGCUUUCAAACGUUUUUGUGGAAAAUAUUUCAACAUUUUUUGUUCCUGGAGGGCACAGGCUCUACACGGAAAUGAUGGGGAAGAUUGAACAUGACUACUGGCAGGUUCCCAGGAAAGGGGUGAAGGCAAAUGAAGUCUUCCAGAGAUUUCUGCAGUCACAGACCACAAUUGAGAGUUCCAUCCUGCAGGCAGAUACAGCCCUCACUGCUGGGGAGAAGGCCAUUGCAGAGGAGCGGGCCCAGAAGGAGGCGGCUGAGAAGGAGCAGGAGCUGCUGAGACAGAAGCAGAAGGAGCAGCAGCAAAUGAUGGAGGCUCAGGAGAGAAGUCACAAGGAAAACCUAGAGCAACUAAGAACGAAGCUGGAGCAGGAGAGAGAGCAGCUCAUCAAAGACCAGAAAGUGAUGCUGGAGAAGCAGCUUCAGGAUCAAAAGGCUUUGCUUGAAGAAGGAUUUAGGAAGAAAUCUGAGGAAAUGAAUGGAGAAAUAGCGCUCUUGAAGGAUAACAUCGAUGACAUGAAAAGAAACAGUGCUUCUGUUUUAGGGAAUAUUUUAAAAGCAUUUGCUACAGCCAUUUGUGCUCCUGUUUUUAUGGUUAUGGAGGUUAUAAAAGGCUUUACUUCAGCAUUUGAAUAGGAUUCACUUUUGAUAAAAUGAUAAACCAUGGAUAUAAAUUUUGUCUUAUUUUGAAGCUUCAUAUUUUCAUUUUAUUCAGUAAAUUUAAACAUAAAGUUCUUAUUAGAGGACAUCUGUGCCAAGUCUGCAUGUAUACAUGUUUGCACAGGCAAUGUAUGCUUUUAAGGAGUCAAUUUUAGAACUAUUCAAAUGGAAUAUGUGAAUUUCAUCAUUGCAUGCUCUGACAGUUACUAUUGGUCAACUGGACUAGAUAUAGAAUCAUUAAGGACACAAGCUCUUCUACAUCCUGUGAGCACCGUCUGCUCUAGGUUAGCUUGUGGAGAUCACCUCUGGUUACUAUGGUAGGAAAACCACCCCGAGUGUGGACAGCACCAUUCCUCUGGACUGGGGACACAGUUACAUGCCUAAAGCAAGCUGGGCACUAACACACACCACUGAUGACUUCCUGACCAUGAAUGCCAUGUGAUCAGCCAGCCUCAGCUUCUUUCCUAGGCCUUCUCCACAAUGCUAACUCCACAAUCAUAUGGGAUCAUGAACCAGAACACACCCUUUCUUUCUUAAGUUGCCUUUUUGGGGGUCUUUUGUCACAGCAAAAGGAAAAGUCAUUGCUAUCAUUGUAUUGGUGAUAAAUUUGGAAACUGCUUAAACAACAUUGACUAUGAUUAGUAACAUAUUUUAAUGUGUCUCAAUCCUGGAGUAUUAUACAGUCAAGAAAUAAAUGUCUGUCAAGCUUUCUGUAAACUAAUAUAAAUUGAGCUUAAAGAUUUAUAAAAUAAAGUCAAAAUGCCACAUA